GACAAUAAAUGAAUGAUUCCUCCCUCUUAUAAUAAUCGCACUCUCACUCUCUGCUCUUCUUCACUCACUGAGCAGAGCAAGGGCAAGGACAACCAUGGCUUCCCUCCGCCUUCUUCAUCUGCUCCUUCUGCCUCUGUUAGCUGCACUAAAUUCAGCUGCUCAGGAAGCGGCUAAAACCUACAUCGUCAGAGUCGACACUUCAUCCAAGCCAUCCGUCUUCCCCACCCACUUCCACUGGUACACUGCAGAGUUCACCCAACCCACCAACAUCCUCCACGUAUACGACACCGUCUUCCAUGGCUUUUCCGCCCUCCUCACUCCAUUCCAAGCUGCUUCUGUCCUCAAGCACCCUUCUAUUCUCGCCGCCUUCGAAGAUCGCCGCCGGCAGCUCCACACCACUCGCUCCCCGCAGUUCCUCGGCCUGCGCAACCAGCGAGGCCUGUGGUCCGAGUCCGAUUACGGCUCCGAUGUUAUAAUUGGAGUAUUUGACACCGGAAUUUGGCCCGAGCGCCGGAGCUUCUCCGAUCUCAACCUCGGCCCCGUCCCCAAACGGUGGAAGGGAACUUGCCAGACAGGUGCCAAGUUCACUAGAAGGAACUGUAACAGGAAGAUUGUUGGCGCCAGGUAUUUCUCCAAAGGACAUGAAGCGGCGGCUUCUGGAUUUGGGGGAAUCGUUGGGGGAAUCAACGAGACGAUUGAAUUUAAGUCGGCGAGAGACGCCGACGGGCACGGCACGCACACUGCGUCCACCGCCGCCGGAAGAUACGCUUUUCAGGCGAGCAUGGAGGGCUACGCUGCCGGAAUCGCAAAAGGUGUGGCGCCGAAGGCACGUUUAGCUGUUUACAAAGUGUGCUGGAAAAAUGCCGGCUGCUUCGAUUCAGAUAUUUUGGCGGCCUUCGACGCCGCCGUGAACGACGGAGUCGACGUUAUUUCAAUAUCCAUCGGAGGCGGCGAGGGCAUCUCCUCCCCCUACUAUCUCGAUCCUAUCGCAAUCGGAGCAUACGGCGCCGUUUCAAGAGGGAUCUUUGUUUCCUCCUCAGCCGGGAACGAGGGCCCCAACGGAAUGUCCGUGACCAAUCUCGCCCCAUGGCUCGUCACUGUCGGCGCCGGCACACUGGACCGUAGCUUCCCUGCGGACGUGACUCUCAGCGACGGCAGGAAAUUCUCCGGUGUGUCUUUGUACUCCGGUGGGUCUCUGAACGGUAAAAUGUACCCUCUAGUUUAUCCAGGUAAAUCAGGGGUGCUUUCUGCCUCCCUGUGUAUGGAAAAUUCACUCGAUCCCAGAAUGGUGAGAGGCAAAAUUGUGAUCUGCGAUCGUGGCAGCAGCCCACGAGUUGCAAAAGGAUUGGUUGUUAAGAAGGCCGGCGGCGUCGGUAUGAUCCUCGCCAAUGGAGUCUCCAACGGCGAGGGCUUAGUCGGCGACGCCCAUUUGCUUCCAGCUUGUUCUCUGGGCUCUGCUGAAGGCGAUCAAAUCAAGGCCUUCGUAGCCUCCAAUCGAACCGCCUCUGCAACCAUUGAUUUCCACGGCACCAUCGUCGGAGUAAAACCAGCUCCGGUUGUAGCUUCGUUCUCUGCAAGGGGUCCCAAUGGCUUAAACCCUGAAAUUCUCAAGCCCGAUCUGAUCGCCCCCGGAGUGAACAUCCUGGCAGCCUGGACAGAUGCAGUUGGCCCGACAGGCCUGGACAUGGAUACCCGAAAAGCAGAGUUCAACAUCCUGUCAGGCACUUCCAUGGCUUGCCCUCAUGUAAGCGGGGCAGCAGCCCUGCUGAAGUCUGCGCACCCUGAUUGGAGCCCGGCGGCAAUAAGGUCAGCAAUGAUGACGACAGCAAGUGUCAACGACCACUCGUUGAGUCCAAUGAUUGACGAGUCGAGUAAAAAACCUGCAACUCCGUACGACAUUGGUGCCGGGCACUUGAACCUCGGAUUAGCCAUGGAUCCAGGGCUGGUCUACGACUUGACAGACAAUGACUACGUGAGCUUCUUAUGCGCAAUAGAGUAUGGGCCGAAAACAAUCCAGGUGAUCACACGGGCACCUGUGAAUUGUCCGAUGAAGAAGGGGAUACCGGAGAAUCUAAACUACCCAUCGAUCGCAGCGCUGUUUCCGAGCGGAACAAGUGGUGUAUCGAGCAAGAGUUUCUUCAGGAUGGUGAGGAAUGUGGGGGAGGAGGCUAAGACAGUGUACAGGGUGAAGGUGGAUCCUCCCAAGGGGGUGAGUGUAAGUGUGAAGCCAGGGAAGCUGGUGUUUUCGGAGAGUGUAAGGAAACUAGGAUACUAUGUAACUAUAAGUGUGGACAGCAAGAAGAUAGUGUUGGGUGAAUCUGGGGCAGUAUUCGGGUCACUUUCUUGGGUGGAUGGGAGGCAUGUGGUUCGGAGCCCCAUUGUGGUGACUCAAAUAGAUCCACUGUAAUGCAAGAACAAUUCAAAGUAGAGAGAGUCCAAUUCCAAUAUAUAUUAAUUGGAUUGAUGAUGAGGAUGAAGAUGAGGAUGAGGAUGAGGAUGAUGAUGAUGCAGCAAGUAGAAGAUAGAAGUGUGUAUGUGGUUUCAAGUUACUUUUCUUGGUUAGAAGUGCAGAAUGAGAGAGAGUAGAGGAUAGUUUUGUAAACUUGUUGGAGUACUUAAUUCGAGGCAGGGUGCAAUGUAAUGUUAGCAAUAGUAGAGUGGGCGAGAGAGUGAUGAUUAUACUUAUUUAUAUAUAUAUAUAUCGACAUGUAAUUUAUAUGACUAAGUAAAGCAAAGAGAAUGGUUGAUGACUAAGAAAAAGAAAAAGAGAGAAAAAAACACUGACUCGACUUUGAUUCAGCUUUUGUGUUUGGGGUAAAUGUAAUGAAAUACUUUUACUUACUUAAUA